GAGGUGCCCCAGGAGCACCUGAGCUCCCUGAGGAAAGGGCGUGAGGAGGCCAAGGCUGAGCGGGAGAGGCAGAGCGAGGAGCUGCUGAAGCAGACGGAGGUGGAGAGGCAGAAGAUCGUGGCUGAGUGCAAGGAGCUGCGGGCGUUCCUGGAGGAGAAGGAGCAGCUGCUGCUCUCCAGGCUGGAGGAGCUGGAGAGGGACAUCGGGCGCCGCAGGGAUGAGAGUGUGGCCCGGCUGGCCGAGGAUAUUGCACAGCUGGACAAGCUCCUGGCAGAGCAGGGCGGGGACAGUGGCACGGGGAGCACACCUGGCGAGGGCGUUGUCCCGGCUGGCAGCAGCCUGGAGAGCUGGAUGUUCCUCAAGCCUGAACCCGGCUUUUCCGAGCUGGAGAAGAAGCUGAAGAGUUUUUCCCAGAAGAGCGCGGUGCUCAAGGAAGUGCUGCUGGAAUUUAAGGAAAAUCUGCGCUUUGAGCUGGAGAACGACACAGGUGAGCUCUCCCUAGACCCCGACACGGCCAACCCCUACCUGGUGCUGUCGGAGGACAAGCGCAGUGUGCGCCUGCGCGGGGCCCCCCAGGAGCUGCCGGCGCACCCCAAGCGCUUCGACUACGCCUUCUGCGUCCUGGCCUCCGAGGGCUUCUCCGCCGGCCGCCACUACUGGGAGGUGGAGGUGGGCGACGGGGAGAGCUGGGUGCUGGGCGCCGCCCGCGAGUCCGUGCGCCGCAAGGAGAAGGUCGACUUCGCCCCCGAGGAGGGCAUCUGGGCGGUGGGGCUCAAUUGGAAGGGCAAGAAUUGGGAUCAGUACCAGGCGUUCACCUCUCCCGAGACGCCGCUGUCGCUGUGCGAGCGGCCGCGCAAGAUCGGGGUGUACCUGGACUACGAGGGAGGGUGGGUGGCGUUCUACAACGCCGACAACAUGGCUCCCAUCUUCACCUUCACCGCCGCCUUCUCCGAGAGGAUCUUCCCAUUCUUCUGGCUCUUCUAUGUGGGCUCCUCGCUGUCCCUCUGCAACUGAGCCCCCGCCCCGCUCGCUGGUGGUGUUCCCCUCCUCUCUCUUCCCCUUGCCAUCCUUAGGUUUUCCUUUGCUUCUGAGCAAAACACCCCAAAUCCCACCCUUGGAUUUUUUUUUUUCCUGUUGCAGUUCAAAGUUUUUGAGUCUUUUUACCCUCAGAAAUCUUCCUCAGGGGCGUUGGUUGGUGAGGGGGCUACUUCAGCACCCCCUCCCCAUUGCUGGUUAAACACCCCCUGCAGAGUUCAUUUUGUGUUCUUUCUUUGGAGUUGGAGCCUUCUCUGAGAGGAUCUUCAGGUUCUUCUGGCUCUUCUACGUGGGCUCCUUGCUGUCCCUCUGCAACUGAGCCCCCGCCCCACUCGCUGGUGGUGUCCGUCCCUCUCUCUCCCCCUUGCCAUCCUUAGGUUUUCCUUUGCUUCCCAAAUCUCACCCUUGGCUGUUCAGGGGGGAUUUUUUGUUUUUCCUGUUGCAGUUCAAAGUUUUUGAGACUUUUUACCCUCAAAAAUCUUCCUCAGGGGUGUUGGUUGGUAAGGGGGUGGGCUACUUGAGCACCCCGUCCCCGUUGCUGGUUAAGCACCCCCUGUAGAGUUCAUUUUGUGUUUUGUUGCUGGUUAAACACCCCUGUAGAGUUCAUUUUGUGUUUUUUUUCCUUUGGAGUUGGAGCCCCGUGGAACAGGGAGAGGCUGAUCCCAUCUUACUUCGAAUAGUAGCCAAAGCUUUGUGUCCCCCCCUCACCCCUAAAAUGCCGUGUGAGAGGAGGGGUCUCGUAUCCACCCCCCCUUCCCCAGUUUGGGCACCGUUGCUUUGCAGGUCAUUUUCACCCAUCCCAUCCUGACUCAUCCCAUCCUCCCUGGGGAAAGGGCCAAGCCUGGCCUGCUGUCGCUGAGUGACUCCCUCUCUCCUCUACUGUCCCCCCCUUCUCGUGUCCCCAUCUCCCCAUUGCCCCCCAUUUCCCCCCAUGUCCCUUUUUGCCUCCUCAUCUCUGCCACUGUACCCCCUCAUUCCAUCUCCCUUUCUCUCCCCCUAAAUUCUGAGCCCCUGGAGUGCCAGGAUCCCAGCAAUGGGAUUGGGAUGUUUAAGGUCACCCCAAAGCUGGGCUGGGGGGGGCUUGGGGAGGGGGUUCUGUGUUCCAGGUGUGAUCUUACCCGCUCCCCUCGUGCCCUUCCCAGUGCUGCUGUUCGUGUCCUUUGCCCUGUCACUGUUAGUGGGGAAAUAAAAGUUGCUGUGCAAAACAAAAAAACAA